AUGGAGUAUGCGAGUAUGCGUGAAGUAAAUACGUCCACACCUAUGGGCUUCUGGGGACCACCUACCUCUACCAUUGACUGGUGCGAAUCCAACUACACAUACAGCUACUAUAUCGCCGAGUUCUGGAACACCGUUAGCAACUUGCUCUUCGUCUUACUAGGUCUCUAUGGUCUCUAUCGCAGUAUCAAGAUGGGAUUUGAGCCCCGUUUCCAUCUACAAUUCAUCGGUGUGAUGGUUACAGGCUUUGGGUCUGCCAUGUUCCAUGGUACACUGCAGCACGUGUAUCAGCAAUGUGAUGAGACGCCCAUGGUCUGGUCCAUCUUAGCAUGGAUCUACAUUGUCUACAACAACGAGAUCGAGCAGAUCCCUAUCAAGAAUGCCAACAAUUAUGUGAUUGUAUUCUUGACGACAAUUGGUGUCAUGUUUACGGCAGUGCACGCUAUCUACCGGUUCACGACGGUCUUCCAGCUCUUCUUUGGUAUCUUGGCAGUGCUUGGAGCCGGACGACUUUGCGUACAUUACGCUGAGGUGAAAGACCCGAGAGCUCGUGCUGUAGCAAGAUCCUAUGUGACGUCAAGUCUCAUCGGCUUCGCGUUCUGGCUCAUGGACUAUCACUUCUGCCACACUGUUCGUGGACUACCCUUGAAUCCACAAGGCCAUGCCUGGUGGCAUAUCUUCAUGGGCAUUUCGACUUACCAUGGGCCAAUUUUCAUGCAAUAUGUGCGGGUGGAACAGCUCAAGAAGAAGGCGUACAUCCAAGACACAUUCGUUGGUAUUCAGACCAUUAUUGUGGAUGGCGAUGGCUUUGGUUGCUCAAAGAAUUCCAAACAGCUUUAA